GACAGGUCGAGAUCAGGGCUCAUGGCCGAUCCUGAGGUAGAUUUAGAAAUGGUUUUCAAAGGUGCAAAAGUCCCACCUAGCAAUGUAACCGGGAACUUUAGUGAUGUUUCUAAAAUGAACGGGACACUUGAUGGUGUUUGGGAUCCGACGCUUACCCCUGGUAUAAAUAAUUCUGACCCAACUUGUCUCCCGGUGCCCUCUGAUUGGCCCAUUUGUUCCAGUAAACGGCCAAGAUUCCUCAUGCUACCUAACUUUUUCAACCACACAUCUGUGGAGGAGGUGGGGGCGGUUCUACAUAAGUGGGCGUGGCUUACAAAAGAAAGGUGCCACCACGGUGCAGAGUGGUUUCUCUGCCUCCUGCUGGUGCCAAGGUGUCCUUCGCCCGCCGUGUCCUUUCACCUGCCUUGCCGCAGUUUCUGCCAGGUGCUGCAGGACAGCUGCUGGGCGUCUCUGGAGAAUGGGCGUCUCCCGGUGGAGUGUCACGACCUGCCCGAGUGGCCGCAGGAGGCGGGGCGCCCUGCGUGCGUGUCAGUUAGUAACUGGAAAGAAGAGAGCGGCGUCUCUUUGCUUCAGCUGAUCGGAGACCCUCCGCCUGAUGCGAUCUCCAGGGUCUACGGACCGAGGGGGGGGGCCUCCUAUGUCUUCACCCCGGGCGCCGUGUCGGGCCAGCCGGCUCUGGCCCACAUCCCUAACCCUUUCCAUCGCCACUUCUCCCUCGUCUUCCAUAUCAAACCUUCUUCACCGGCCGGCUCCGUCCUCUUCUCCAUCACAGACGGGACUCAGAAGAUCAUGUACGUCGGCGUGAAGCUCAGCGCCGUGCGCGCCCAACGUCAGAAGGUGCAGUUCUUCUACACUGAGCCCGACUCUGACGCUUCGUACGAGGCGGCCAGCUUUGAGGUGCCGAGCAUGGUGGGAACAUGGACCCGCUUCUCGCUGUCUGUCUUUGAGGAGACGGUAACUUUCUACCAGGGCUGUGACUCCGAGCCGCAGGUGGUGAAGUUCGAGCGCUCACCGGAUCCUAUGGAGCUGGACCCGGGGGCGGGGAUCUUUGUAGGUCAGGCAGGAGGAGCCGAUGCUGACAAGUUCCAGGGUGAGAUCUCCGACUUCAAACUGGUUGGAAACCCUCGAGCAGCCGAGCGCUUGUGCGAGGACGAGGAUGACGAGGACUUUGCUGCGUCUGGUGACUUUGGCAGCGGUGAUGGGGAGAGGAGACGGACGGGACACACUGUGAAGACCACCCCGGCCUCCCUCCGCCCCGUACCUGCACCCCCUCUGAUAUCGUCAAAGGGAAGCAGAGUCAAAGAAACAGACGCCAGGUUUCGGCAGGAGUCGGUGGACCAGAGUCGGUCUGGACAAGAUGGCUCCAGAGGUGCCGGCGGUGCUAAAGGAGAGAAAGGUGACAGAGGAGAGACAGGUUUGAGGGGUGACACGGGCCCUACAGGACCGAAGGGAGAGCCAGGCUCCAGCUCUGGCUCUGGUUCUGGUUCGUCGUCUCAGGGUGGAGACCGAGGACACAAGGGAGAAAAAGGUGUAAAGGGUAACUCUGGCUUCGGUUACUCCGGUAACAAAGGUGAACGUGGGGAUCCGGGGCCUCCUGGGCCCCCUGGCCCUGCUGGACCUGCAGCUGAGGUGGUUCGACUCGGGGACGGCUCUGUUGUGCAGCAGGUCUCUGGACCUCAAGGACCGUCUGGGCCACCUGGGUCAAACGGAUCUCCUGGACCCGCAGGAACUGACGGAGAGCCUGGUGAUCCAGGAGAGGAUGGAAAAACUGGUCCAGCAGGGCCACCAGGUUUCCCAGGAACUCCAGGAAGUCCUGGUACCAAAGGCCAAAAGGGUGAGCGUGGAGACGGUGAACCUGGACUCAGAGGCCCCCCAGGUCCUCCAGGACUUCCAGGAUCUGGCAAUGGCGACCGCCCGACGUUCGUGGACAUGGAGGGCUCAGGAUAUCCAGACUUGGAAAGGUUUCGGGGUGCUCGUGGUCCCCCGGGCCUCCCAGGUCCUCCUGGAAUUCCUGGGACUUCAGUCGCUCUGGGAGCCAACGGUCCAGUAGCUUUUGGACCUCCAGGACCACCAGGAGUAGACGGAGUCCCUGGUCUACCAGGCCCCCCUGGUCCUCCAGGUAGACCAGGUACACCUGGACCUAGCGGAACAAAGGGUGACGGCGGGGAGCUCGGUCUUCCAGGAGCAGCUGGAGAAAAGCAAGACUCCCAAGACUCCAACCCUUUCACCUACCUCUUCUCUUACUUUGCUCCGUCCUCUACGGGUGCUCAGGGUGACGCAGGUAGAACAGGUACAUCUGGGCAGACUGGGCUUGCAGGGCUUCCAGGUCCCAUGGGACCAGUUGGACCCCCAGGACCCCCUGGACCUCCUGGGCCACCGCACCGCUUUGGCUUUGGUAACGAGGUUGGAUUUGAGGGGGGCAAUGGCUUACCUGGCCCACCUGGACCACAGGGUCCAGCUGGUAUUCCUGGUCUACCUGGUAAGCCAGGACUGCCAGGUAUCCAUGGAAACAAAGGAUCAGAGGGACUACGAGGACCUCCUGGGAUACCGGGACUCGAUGGGUUCUCUGGACAGCCCGGUCUAAAGGGAGACCGAGGAGAGAGAGGAGAUCCGGGUUUGCCAGGACGAGAGGGUGGGCUACCUGGACCUCCGGGGCCUCCUGGACCUCCAGGACAAGUCACCCAGCAGACCUCAGAUUAUAAUGACGUUUAUUGGAGCGAAGGGUGGCAGGGUGGACAGCCAGGCCGAGCAGGAUUCCCAGGGCCCUCCGGACCAAAGGGAGAUAAAGGAGACUCAGGUCCUCCAGGAUAUGCACCUCAAGGGCAGAAAGGAGAGCCGGGUGUCAUCAUGGGGCCUGAUGGGAGACCUCUGUACCUGGGUGGUCUGGCAGGACAGCAGGGCGAGAGUGGACCUCCUGGCCCUGUGGGACCUCCAGGUCCCCAUGGUCCUGGAGGCCAGAAGGGAGAGAUUGGGCUUCCAGGGAGACCAGGUCGCCCUGGUCUGAACGGUGCCCGAGGAGAAAAGGGAGAUUCUGGCACUGGAUCUGGAUCUGGAUAUGCUUACCCUGGUCCUCCAGGUCCACCAGGCCCCCCUGGACCUCCUGGAGCGUCCGGUCCCUACGACAGGCAAAGUGGAUAUGAUGAUUCCUCCAGGUAUUAUCCAGCCGCUAAAGGAGAGAAAGGUGACCAAGGACCACCUGGGACGCUUGAAAUUCAAGGCUACGGGUCGCUUGACAUUUACACUUUGAGAAAUGAGAUGAAAGGGGAAACAGGAAGUCCCGGCUUCAAAGGAGAGAAAGGAGAACCGGCUGGAGGACAUUAUGACCCCCGUUAUGGAGGAAGCGGAUUCCCAGGGCUGCCUGGACCUCCUGGUCAAAAAGGCGACUCCAUCAUUGGUCCUCCUGGCCCUCAGGGGCCAUCUGGUCCACCAGGAAGAGGCUACGAUGGACAACCCGGAGCACCAGGCCCUCCUGGACCACCAGGCGCAUCCUUACCUGGGGCUUACAGGGGCACACAGACUAUCAAUAUUCCUGGACCACCGGGACCCCCUGGUGCACCUGGAAUACCUGGACACUCCACAGGGGUGACCGUUUUGAGGUCUUAUGACACCAUGACAGCCACCGCUAGAAGACAACCUGAAGGCUCCCUGGUUUACAUUUUAGAACAAACUGAUCUCUACUUACGGGUCCGAGAUGGAGUUCGUCAAGUCCAGCUUGGAGGCUAUAUUCCUUUGCCCAGUGAGGAUCGUAAUGAGGUUGCAGCUGUGGAGCCCCCACCUGUCGUCCCCUACUACCCUGACCACCACUCUCACACCGACACCUCUGCUCGCGACGCCCAAAGGCAACCCGAGAGUCCGGUCCACCCCGGCACCGAGCAUCUCUCGCAUCCGGACCAGCAUCACCCGUCCCACCCAGAUCCACGCAACCCAACUCACGUCGACCCCAGAUACCAGCCUGACGACAGGUAUCAGCCCGACCCGCGGUACCCGGCGCCCACUGAUCCCAGGUUUCCCAGUUACUCCGACCGGUUAAAUCAACCAGACGGCAGGUAUUCUGUUCACACCACACAGACCCGUCCUGUGUACCCGGACACUCACCACGCGGUCACUCCUCAGAGGAGACCGGCUCCUCCUGAGCCCCAGACUCCAGUCCACCAUCAUAACUCAGGUCCAGGGCUCCACCUGAUCGCCCUGAACAGCCCUCAGAGCGGCUUCAUGAGGGGAAUCCGCGGCGCAGACUACAUGUGCUUCACUCAGGCUCAGGCCGUCGGGAUGAAGGGAACUUUCCGGGCCUUCCUGUCCGCCAAACUCCAGGAUCUCCACAGCAUCGUCCGCAAGGCAGACAGGGACCGAAUGCCGAUAGUCAACCUGAAGGAUGAGGUUCUGUUUGACAACUGGGACGCCAUCUUCAAUAAUGGCAGGAUGAAGGACAACGUGCCCAUCUACUCCUUUGAUGGCAGAAACAUUAUGAGUGACAGCACAUGGCAGGAGAAGAUGUUGUGGCACGGGUCGACCAGCGCCGGGCUGCGGCACGUCGACAGCUUCUGCGAGACGUGGCGUGUGGGCGACCAGGCGCUGACCGGCAUGGCGUCGUCGCUGCAGAGCGGCAGCCUGCUUCAGCAGAGCUCCAGCAGCUGCUCCAGCUCCUAUGUGGUGCUGUGUGUUGAGAACAGCUACGUCCACUCCAGGAGAUAGACACACACACACAUCAACACACACACACACACACACACACACACACACACACACACACACACACACACGGUGGAUGCUUUAAUCCACACACACACACGUCUCUGUGUUUGCACCACAUGUGGUGAUUUGUAAAUAUGUUUUUUCACAUGAAUAAUGAGUUAAUGUUUGUUAGCCCUUCAUUUAGGGUGCUUUAGAGAAUAAUUCCACUAGUUGAAGCAAAGUUAAGCUCAGGUGACGGACGGUAACACACCCUCCAGCAGCCAUGUUGGACGUUUCAUGACUUAUUACCAAUUAGAAGCAGGCUGAAAACAGGCUGUGAACUUAAACGCUUUAUUUCUUCUCUGUUCUUUCAUCGCGCUAAUAUUCAUCCAAAUAUUCAAAUAAGCCUUCCUGGUGUUCGCUAGCAGAGAUACCCGUCAUUCCAACAAGUCUUUAAUUUUUUUUAACAAAAUACGUUAUGAAUCAAAAUCAGGACUUCUUAUAUCAGGGCUCUACUUCAUAGAAGGCCGUCUUUAAUCUGUCACAUUUCUCAGCUAGAAGAAAUCUCUCUCUCUCUCUCUCUCUCUCUCUCUCUCUCUAUCUCUCUCUCUCUCUCUCUCUCUCUCUCUCUCUCUCUCGAGGGAUAUACCACAAUGAUCAUGGACUACAACAAGCAUUUCAUGCUUUCUUCUCCGCCUGCCUGUUUAAUCAAAAACAUGUCAUCUUGAAAACAAACCAGAGGUGCAGCUCAAGUGCCUAAACCAUCUUAUAUGUGCUAAUAAUGGUCUAAUUAAGGUUUCCUGUACCUUUAAAAACCACACUUCCAUUUUACAGAGCGUAUCAGUCGGCAGUGACAUGCAUCAAAGACAAGUUUGGAUAAUAAUAAAGCCUUUUCUUUCUGCCGUCAAUCAGACAUUUCAGCAUCCUAAAGCAGCAUAAACAUGAGUUAUCAUACGUGAAAUGUGUUUUUUUUUUUUUAUGACUUCUCUUUUUACACUGAUGUUUCCUGUAACCCAAAGCACUUGAUUAACCGUUUUUUUUAUUUUUCACUUUUGCUACUGUUGUUUUUUUUUUUCUUGGGAUGAUAUUUUCAAAUCAUUUUUUUAACAAUAACAAAGGGAUAUUUAUUUUUUAUAAACCGUGCAUUUUCUAGUUUAACUAUGACGUGUGAUAGCAACAGUUCCAAAUAUAACCAGCUGAUAUGCAAACCGAUGCAACUUAAGGGACAAAGUUUGUGCACGAGCAAAUCCAAGUAAUGUACAGAUUUUUUUUACAUAGGAGUCAGCCAUAUUUGUUUGUCAAUGCACUGUUGCUUUUUAUAUUUGAUUUCAAGUUUAGCUUUUUAUUCCUAAACAGUGAAUGCACUGCAGUCAGGACACACAUAGGAGAGCAUUUAAACAACCUGCAGUCUGUGGUGUUAACCUACAGUCUGAGGUGUUAACCUACAGUGUUAACAUAUAGUCUCUGGUGUUAACCCAGAGGGGAGAGUAGAUUGACAAUUUUAUUCAGCAGUGCCAAAGUCAAAGCAGUGAGAUUUAUUAUCUGUUAUUCUUCUUGUGUCUCAUUGAAUAAACCAGUGUGGAAAUUAG